CUGGCGGGGCCCGGGGUUUGUUUGUGUUGUGGGUGGUACGUGUGCAGCCCGCGGGGGAAAAGCUGGAAAUGGACGCGCCGAGCGGGAGGUCGCAGUCCACGCUGCACCGGAAAGGGCUGAUGGCGGCGGACCGGAGGAGCAGGAUCCUGGCAGUCUGCGGUAUGCAUCCUGACCAUCAGGAAACUCUGAAAAAGAACCGCGUGGUGCUGGCCAAACAGCUGCUGCUGAGUGAACUGCUGGAACACCUCCUAGAAAAGGACAUCAUCACUUUGGAAAUGAGGGAGCUCAUCCAGGCCAAAGGGGGCAGUUUCAGCCAGAAUGUGGAGCUCCUCAACCUGCUGCCCAAGAGGGGUCCCCAGGCUUUUGAUGCUUUCUGUGAGGCCCUGCGAGAGACCAGGCAAAGUCACUUGGAAGACUUACUGCUCACAACCCUCUCUGAUAUUCAGCACGUACUUCCGCCGUUGAGCUGUGACUAUGACACAAGUCUCCCUUUCUCGGUGUGUGAGACCUGCCCCCCUCACAAGCAGCUCCGCCUAUCCACAGGUACUACGGAACACUCCUUAGAUAAUGGGGAUGGUCCUCCCUGCCUUCAGGUGAAGCCAUGCACUCCUGAGUUCUAUCAGGCACAUUACCAACUGGCCUACAGGUUGCAGUCUCAGCCUCGUGGCCUGGCACUGGUGUUGAGUAACGUACACUUCACUGGAGAGAAAGACCUGGAAUUUCGCUCUGGAGGGGAUGUGGACCACAAUACUCUAGUCACCCUCUUCAAGCUUUUGGGCUAUAACGUCCAUGUUCUACAUGAUCAGACUGCACAGGAAAUGCAAGAGAAACUUCAGAAUUUUGCACAGUUGUCUGCACACCGGGUCACAGACUCCUGCAUAGUGGCACUCCUCUCACAUGGCGUGGAAGGUGGCAUCUACGGCGUGGAUGGCAAACUGCUUCAGCUCCAAGAGGUUUUUCGACUUUUUGACAAUGCUAACUGUCCAAGCCUACAGAACAAGCCGAAAAUGUUCUUCAUCCAAGCAUGCCGUGGAGAGGAGACAGAUCGAGGGGUCGACCAGCAAGAUGGAAAGAACCACCCACAAUCCCCUGGAUGUGAGGAGAGUGAUGCUGGCAAAGAGGAAUCAAUGAAGAUGAGACUACCUACUCGCUCGGACAUGAUAUGUGGCUAUGCUUGCCUGAAAGGCACUGCUGCCAUGCGGAACACCAAACGGGGUUCCUGGUACAUUGAAGCCCUCACUCGGGUUUUCUCGGAAAGAGCUUGUGACAUGCACGUGGCUGACAUGCUGGUUAAGGUAAGUCAGUGCCAUCUGGUGCUACAAACCUUUAUGUCUCCAGUGUUCUCCUUUCUUCCUGCCUUGCACACUUUAUUAGUCUACACUUCUGGUUGGUCUGCAUCGUGGGAGUACAAAGUGAUCUCAGACUUCGGACCAUUGGUUCUGCCUUCCCAGGUGAAUGCCCUUAUCAAGGAGCGUGAAGGCUACGCCCCUGGCACAGAAUUCCACCGAUGCAAAGAGAUGUCUGAGUACUGUAGUACUCUGUGUCGGCAGCUCUACCUGUUCCCAGGCCACCCACCCACGUGAUGCCACCUGCUGUUCAUGUUGUUGGAGGCCACUGGACCGCUGGAGGCACAAUGGAGCCUCCUCUUCAGGAUGGUUUUUGUUCUGUCUACCCCCUCAGGGAUAAGAGACUCUACCAGGCUUGUUUCCGGUCGGCCAGCUCCAUCUUUGGGUAUGAGACUUAGGACAGCUCUUCCAGUGUGGUGCUCUCCCCCUGUAGAGCCAGCUCUGAAUGGAUUUGUUGCCAGAAACAUUUUGGCUACAGCCAAAGAGUCUGGAAAAUGACAUUAUGAACACAGUAUUGUUGUGGGGAGAGAGCAUGUGGAUUUCUCAAUGUUUGAUAUUUCUGUUCCCAAGGCUCUUAGGGAUACUUUGGUCAUUGCUUUUUUUUUUUUUUUUUUUUACAUCAUUUAAGGUAUCUCAGAGAUCAUCUCCUAUCUUUUUUUCAUAUCUACAACCUCAUUUGUCCCACAGUGAAGAUUUGGAAGAUGUCCCAAUUUAAUGUGGGUAUGUUCAUCUAUCUUGAUGAGGCAGAGAGACUUAGACCCUGCUACUGUGAGCAGAAGAUCCUGUGCAUACUUUUGAGUGUAGGCCUGAAGUGAAGGACCAUCUCCUCAGCUUUACCCUGGGCUCCUUUGUGCUCUGUGCACCCACCCUUUGGCCAGAGCCUCGGGUCUGCAUGCUGUGACACUGGAAGUUGUAGACAGUUCCCUGGUCAUGCUUUCUUUGAAUUGUCACUGAAAUGAACCUUGUAGGCAUUUCAGUAUAAGCACGUGGUGAUAGGUAGAUGUGCUGUGUCUCACACUGUCACCUGUCACCAGGAUGUCUCCUUCCUUACUGCGAUUUCUGAUGUGCAGUUAAACAACUUCAUAGCCAGCCUCCAGGAAAUUUCUUGCUUUGCACUGAUUCCCCUCUUCAUUUUCCUCCCAUUCACUGUUUCUGCCAAGUCUGUGAAGUCCUCCUUUGCAGGAUCUUCUGGCCACUGAAGGUGUGCUGUAUCUUGUUCCUGCCAUCUGCUUGAGCAUGCAGUUCUUUCAGUGUUAUGAGGCAUUACCCCCUUCUCAGUCUGUGUGUUAGUGAGGAUAGUAGCAUACGUGAUAGUCCACUAACCUAGAAGCACUUGUCUCUGCUUCUAUGAAACUUUGUUAUUCUUUAAAACCUUUUGCAUUUCCAUUUUUACUUCUCUCCCAGUUUAUUCUCCACAUAACAGUAGUUUCAGUUUUUAAAAUAUCUGAUGAUGUCACUGCCCUGCUUAGAACACUAGCUUCCUGUUACACCUCAUCUAAAAUUCAAAUCCUUACCCCACUUUAUGAGAUCUGGCUCUCACCUUCCCUUUGGAUCUCAGUAAAUGGUGAUUUCUCACUGUGCUCCGGCCCCUCUCAGUUCCUCCUUCACUGCCGCAGGUGUUUUGAGCACUUCUUUAGGAUCGUGUCUGAUUCUGGAGUCUAGUGGAGGCCUCUGGUCCGUGCUGUCCACGAGCAGUCUUCUGUACCUCUUCUGACUGCAUCCUGGUAGCCCUUCAUUGUGCUUACUGUGGUUUGUAAAGGCACAUUUGCAUGUUUUGCUUGUUGAUACCUUCGCUACUAAGCUGAAAGCUCCCAGAGAGCAGAAACCAUGUUUCUUACUUACUGUAUACUCAGUACCUGGAACUUAACUAGGUCUUCAAUGAAUGUUUCUUGAAUAAAGGAAAGAGGCAAGUAGCUAACUCUAGUUAAAUCCUGCCUUUAACAAUUUCUAAAUUGCUAUUAUAGUAUGCAGUUUAAUUAGUAUUUGUACUCUUCUGGUUUUUUUCAGGUGUUUUAUUUUUAUCAACUGAUUUAUUGUUUGUUUUUAAACCGUUUGAAGACAUAUCACGUGUGAGACAACUUCCUUCACAUCUCCAUGGUGCCCAGCAUAUUUGAGGCCUAUGGUAGUUGAGGUGCUCAAUUAAUAUUUGUUGUAUGAACCAGGUGGUUUGAAGACUUGCUGCCAAAUUCUGCCUUUGGGUCAGUAUAGGAUGCAUAUAUUUGUGUGGUAGAAUCUUCACACUUCCCACUGCCAAGAUUUUGUAUUGCCAGCAGGUGCCAAAUAAAUGUUGAUACUUAUUACUGA